CAAGGAGCUCCUUUAUUAGAAUUUGCUUUGAUUUUAUACUAAAUUUGAGAAUAUUAAAAAAAGAUUAAACGAUUUCUCACUAAAUUAUGAAAUCAUGUAAAUACGAAAAUAUCAGUUUAAGCCUUACAUUUAUCUGUAUUGUUAAUGAAUGAAUUGCCCUUGCAUGUCCCCAAUAAUCACAAUGAGCUCUACAGUGGCUGAAGCAGUGCCAGAAGAGGGCCAGUGUGGCCCCAUGGGGCCUCCAGUCAUCAACAGCACCAUGGCUGAGACAAGGAUUCAGCGCAUGACUGAGUCAGUGUCCCGUCGGCUGGGUCUAACCGUCUUCCAGAGGGUGUAUAACUACCUGAAGGGAGCCAGGGAGAGGCAGGAGGAUGAGGGGAGCAUCAGACAGGCCCUAAGCAGCCUGGUGGAGAGGCCAGUGAUGGCUUUGAAGUGACCAACAACUGUACUAGAGGAGCAGCUUCAAGGGAGCCAGAGAGGGAGCCCGGUGAAAAAAUGUUCAACACUCCCCAACCUGCGAUCAUGUUGCCUAUCCAAGCAUUUCAGAAAAAGCACAUCUUGUUGCUCUCCAGGACCAGGGUUGGUGACCUAGUAGAUCAACAGAGAUGACAGACAUUUACUUCAUGAUAGACCAGGGUUGGUGACCUAGUAGAUCAACAGAGAUGACGGACAUUUACUUCAUGAUAGACCAGGGUUGGUGACCUAGUAGAUCAACAGAGAUGACGGACAUUUACUUCAUG